GGUGCUGAGACUCUAAGAAGGUAGCGUGUUGGCUAUUUAUAUUCUCUGCUUUGAGUUGCAUGGAUGUUGGUAAUGAACGGCCUUGCGUGUGUUUGCUUCUCUGAUUAAACCAGACAGCGCUGAUUAAAAACCCUGUGCUAGGUGGACUGAAGUGCACGAGCUGGAGGGGACGCAGCGCGUCUUGUGUGUGCUUUAGGAGACGGAUAAAAUCUGAACACGCGUGAGAUGAAGAGGUUUUUUUUUUUUUUUUUUUUUUACAUUCGCCUUGUCGCGCGCUGUCGUCAUUUGCAUCAGGAUCCGAUCCCCGUCGGUGAUCCGCUCCGGGUUUUGGGUGCUGCCCUCAACAGCCAGCUGCUGCAGAGCAGGGGACCGGUGCGCCGUUUCUCCUCGCCUUGUUUGCCUCCAGUCCGGCUGUAGCUCUGGCUGUCUGCGCGGCGUGUGGAUGAGGCGCAAAGGGAACAACCCGGAGCGCACCGAAAGCCAGCCUUAAAAGAAGUCGUUUUUUAUCCCUCGUCGGGAUCUAUCCGUGAGCCAGACCGCUGGAGACUUUCGCGCAGACUUAACAGCGGCGGAGACGUGCCCGGAGUUUCAUUUUCUGAGGAGGCUAGGGGCGCAUCUCGUCUCCUUGAAGUGAUCCUUUUUUAUGCAGUCUAUCCGUAGCGCUCCCGUCGGAAGGAGCCUGGGUGCACGCACGAGAAGAAGAAGAGGAGGAGGAGGAGGAGGAGGAGGAGAAGGGGAGUAGCGAUCAUUACUUUUGAACAGACCCUUCGCCAUGGAGCUAUCCGUCCGGUCCCGGACGUAUUGGCUUGAAGAGGAGCAGAUACCUGCCACGGGAAACCCCACCACCAUCUGUCCACUGUGAAGAAAGUGGAGCAUGCAGCCGAGCCCCAGCCGUCUUUGUGCGACCUGCCGCUUAGUUUCGGGGGGCCUCUUCUGAAAGAGGAGCGGAGAGGAGAGGAGGGGGGUUCCUGGUGUUAAUCUGAAAUUCACACACUCCACGCCGGGAUCCAUAUUUUGGCACGGCAGCCUACCCACAAUGGAAAGAUGACUGGUGAUUCUUCUCCUAGAAGCACUGAUCGUUGACAUCGGCCCAGCUCUCCGUUCUCCCACUACAGCGCGUUGAACCACUAUUAUUAGCCAUCAGGCUCCUGGAUUGAUUCGACACAGCGACACAAUGGCCUCUGCACUGUGGAGGUGUCCAGUGUUUCGCAGCCUCUUGCUCCUUCUCUUCUGCUUUCACUGUUCACAAGGCUUCAGCCGCGCGGCCUUGCCUUUCGGGCUGGUCAGGAGAGAGCUCUCAUGCGAAGGAUAUGCAAUCGAUCUCCGCUGCCCGGGGAGUGAUGUCAUCAUGAUUGAGACAGCCAACUACGGCCGAACCGACGACAAGAUCUGCGACGCUGACCCGUUCCAGAUGGAGAAUGUCAACUGCUACCUCCCCGAUGCCUAUAAGAUUAUAUCACAAAGGUGCAACAACCGUACGCAGUGUGUGGUUGUCACUGGCUCUGAUGUCUUUCCUGAUCCAUGCCCUGGCACCUACAAGUACUUAGAGGUCCAGUAUGAGUGUGUUCCCUAUAAAGUGGAGCAAAAAGUCUUCAUUUGCCCCGGGACUCUGAAGGGUGUCGGAGACGCCACCUUCCUGUUCGAGGCCGAGCAGCAAGCGGGGUCGUGGUGCAAAGACCCGCUGCAGGCCGGGGACAAAGUCUUCUUCAUGCCGUGGACGCCGUACCGCACGGACACCCUCAUCGAGUACGCCUCCCUGGAGGACUUCAAAAACGGUCGCCAGACGACCACCUACAAGCUGCCGCACCGCGUCGACGGCACCGGCUUCGUGGCCUACGACGGCGCCAUCUUCUUCAACAAGGAACGCACGCGCAACAUCGUCAAGUUCGACCUGCGCACGCGCAUCAAGAGCGGCGAGGCCAUCGUCAACAACGCCAACUACCACGACACCUCGCCCUACCGCUGGGGCGGCAAGACGGACAUCGACCUGGCGGUGGACGAGAGGGGCCUGUGGGUGAUUUACGCCACGGAGCAGAACAAUGGCCGCAUAGUGGUGAGCCAGCUCAACCCGUACACGCUGCGCUUCGAGGCCACCUGGGAAACGGCGUACGACAAGCGCUCGGCCUCCAACGCCUUUAUGGUGUGCGGCGUGCUGCACGUGGUGCGCUCGACCUACGAAGAGAACGAGAGCGAGGCCAGCCGGAGUCAAAUCGAUUACAUCUACAACACCAAGCUGAGUCAGGGCGAGUACACGGACAUCCUCUUCCCCAACCAGUACCAGUACAUCACCGCUGUGGAUUACAACCCCAGGGACAACCAGCUAUACGUGUGGAAUAACUUUUACAUCCUGCGCUACGACCUGGACUUUGGGCCGCCGGAUCCUGCUGAAGUGCCAACCACCGAAGAUUUCUCCGUCUCGUCGUCCCUGCCGAAGACCACGGCGGCUUUCACCACGACGGCCACGCCCGUGUCGAAGGGGCCAGCUGACACGACGGUAGCGGGAGCCGAUCCGAGGGAUGGAAGGGACCCAUUCGAGGACAGCCGCGGGUCGAGCACGGCGGAGCCCACCGUCCCGGAGCUGCCUCCGACGCCCAGACGUUUCUGCGAGGCGACCAGACGGAGAGCCAUCGACUGGCCCCAGACCCACACCGGAACCACUGUGGACAGGCCCUGCCCCAAAGGGACCAGAGGCGUCGCCUCUUUCCUCUGCACCCUGGCGGGGACCUGGUGCUCCAAAGGGCCAGACCUCAGCAACUGCACUUCCCACUGGGUGACUCAAGUGGCACAAAAGAUCCGAAGUGGUGAAAACGCUGCUAAUUUAGCCAACGAGCUGGCGCGACACACACAGGGCCCAGUGUUCGCCGGAGACGUCAGCUCCUCGGUGCGCCUCAUGGAGCAGCUCGUGGACAUCCUGGACGCGCAGCUACAGGAGCUCAGGCCCAGCGAGAAGGACUCAGCUGGACGCAGCUUCAACAAGCUUCAAAAAAGAGAGAAGACAUGCAGAGCGUACAUGAAGGCAAUUGUGGACACCGUUGACAACCUCCUGAGGCCGGAAGCUCUGAAAUCCUGGAAAGACAUGAAUUCCACAGAACAAACGCACGCUGCCACAAUGCUGCUGGAUACCCUGGAGGAAGGGGCGUUUGUCCUUGCAGAAAACCUGAUUGAGCCCGCCAUCGUAAAAGUGCCUGCAGAGAAUAUCAUGCUGGAUGUCUACGUGUUAAGCACUGACGGUCAAGUGCAGGACUUCAGAUUUCCGCAGACGAGCAAAGGUGGAGCGACUCUUCAGCUUUCCUCCAACACGGUGAAAGUCAACAGCAAAAACGGUGUGGCUAAGCUGGUAUUUGUGCUCUACAAACACCUGGGUCAGUUCCUCAGCACUGAAAACGCCACUCUGAGGGGAUUGGGGGACCUGAACAAACACAACCUCUCCCUCACCGUCAACUCCCACAUCCUGUCCGCCUCUAUUACAAAGGAGUCCAGCCGUGUGUUUGUGGCCGACCCUGUGAUCUUCACACUGGAGCACCUGGAUAAGGAGCACUACUACAAUCCAAACUGUUCCUUCUGGAAUUACUCGGAGCGCAGCAUGAUGGGAUACUGGUCCACUCAGGGCUGUAAGCUGCUGGAGACCAAUAAGAGCCACACCACUUGCUCCUGCAGUCACUUGACCAACUUUGCCAUCCUCAUGGCUCAUCGGGGAAAUGUGAGGGAGGGAAGCGUGCACGAGCUUCUUCUUACCGUCAUCACCAGGAUGGGUAUUGCGGUGUCUCUGGUCUGCCUGGCCAUCAGCCUCUUCACCUUCUGCUUCUUCAGAGGCCUGCAAAGUGACCGCAACACCAUCCACAAGAACCUCUGCCUCAACCUCUUCGUCGGAGAGCUCCUGUUCCUCGUUGGCAUCAACAUGACGGAGCCGAAGCUGGUGUGCUCCAUCAUCGCCGGCGUUCUCCACUUCUGCUUCCUGGCUGCGUUCGCCUGGAUGUGUUUGGAGGGCGUGCAGCUGUACCUCAUGCUGGUCGAGGUGUUUGAGAGCGAGUUCUCACGCAGAAAGUACUACUACAUCUCUGGGUACCUCAUCCCAGCUGUGGUGGUGGGCAUCUCAGCAGCCAUCGACUACAGAAGCUACGGCACACAGCGGGCAUGCUGGCUGAGGGUAGAUAACCAUUUCAUCUGGAGCUUCAUCGGACCUGUAACCAUCAUAAUUGCGGUCAAUGUCAUCUUCCUGGUGGUGACGAUGUACAAGAUGGUGAAGCAUUCCACCUCCAUGAAACCCGACUCGUCCAGGCUGGGUGGUAUCAGGUCAUGGGUGCUGGGAGCAUUUGCGCUGCUUUGUCUUUUGGGGCUCACGUGGUCCUUCGGCUUGUUCUUCCUCAAUGAGUCCUCCAUUGUGAUGGCUUACCUCUUCACCAUCUUCAACACUCUGCAGGGGAUGUUCAUCUUCAUCUUCCACUGCUUGCUCCAGAAAAAAGUCCGCAAAGAGUACAGCAAAUGUUUCCGUCAGUCCCAGUGCUGCGGCGCUCUGCCGGCCGAAGGUUCCCACAGCUCGGCCAAGACGACCACGUCUCGAUCCACGGCCCGCUACUCCUCUGCUACACAGAGCCGCAUCAGGCGGAUGUGGAACGACACUGUGAGGAAGCAGUCGGAGUCCUCCUUCAUCUCGGGAGACAUAAACAGCACCUCCACACUCAACCAGGGGAUGACUGGCAACUACCUCCUAACUAAUCCUCUCCUCCGAACCCACGACACUAACCCUUAUAACAACCUCCUGGCAGAAACGGUGGUGUGCAACACCCCCUCUCCACCGGCCUUUCACUCCCCAGGACAGCACUCUCUGAGCAACAGCAGGGACAUCAGUGCCAUGGACACUCUUCCCCUCAAUGGCAAUUUCAACAACAGCUACUCCCUGCGCGACGACGACUAUGAGGGCGUGGGCGUCCGGGCCCCGGGGGACUUGGGGGGCCUCAACCUGGACGACGCCGCCUUUGAGAAGAUGAUCAUAUCCGAGAUCGUCCACAACAACCUGAGACCCCGCGUGGCUCCCAAAGGCCGCGACGCCCCGAGGGAGAGGGACAGGGCUUUGCCUCCUCAGACCAGGGUGACAGUGGACCGAGGCGGGGGUGGGAGCGGCAGCGAGGACGACGCCAUCGUGGCGGACCACGCCGAGGCCUCAUCCCCCCCUAGAGGAAGCGGAAGAGGAGGUCCCGCCACCCUGGAACUGCUCCUGCACCCCCACAACAAGGAGGUGCUGGAGGCCCCCCUCCUUCCCCAGAGGACUCACUCCCUGCUCUACAGCGCCCAGAAGGCCCCCCGGCGUCUGGAGGGGCAGGGCGGCCAUGGCUCCGAGACUGUUACCGCAGUGGAGGACAUGGGCUCCCAUUCACCCAACAAUAAUAGAGACUCACUUUAUACCAGCAUGCCAAACUUGAGAGACUCCCCCUCGCCUUCAGCUUCGCCGUACCCGCCCGAGGAGGAGGAGGAGCUCUCCCCCUCGCCUCAGAGCGAGAGCGAGGACGCGUAUCACAAGAGCAUGCCCGAGCUCGGCGACGCUCCGCAGCCGCUGUCCUACUACCACAUAAACCGAGGCACCAGCGACGGGUGCAUCAUCCCGCCCAACAACGAGGACUGCGCACAGGAGGGAGAGGCGCCCACCGACGGACAAAUGCAGCUCAUUACCAGCCUCUGAGGAGGCCGCCCCUUGUUUGCACAGGUUUUACGAGACGCUUUUCGCUUGAUGUCAAGACAGCCGGCGAGCCUGGCUCCACACCCCACAAGCUCUUCCUGUUAGAACAGGAAGUGAGAUGUUCUUGGGUGUGAAAGGGAAUGAAUUAACGACUUUUUGCACACAGAUCUCAUUAACACACAAAACACGUCCAAUCCGAGGCCAGAUAAGUGUGGACUGUGAAAGCUCUGCUGUCGGACAAAAGAGUUUCAAAGAAUAACACGCAGGCCGCUGCGCCAGUCUGGCAUUUUUUGUUGUACUGAACGGGAAAACGGAGAAUAUGGGAUUUAAGAAAACGAAAAAAAAAAAAGAAAGAAAAGAAAAAAUACUCCAGGCAAAAUACCCCAGGCAAAGGACUAAGAAACUCCUGACAUACUCCUGGGGGACUUUGCAGAACCAGGCUCUUUUUAGUCGAGAAGUACAGAACGAGAACUAGCGUGGUUCCACUGCACAGCCAGGACUGUAAAGUUAAGAAACCACUAAUCCAGACUCAGGCCUUAUAUUUUCUCUAUUGCACAUUUAACUGUUGUCAAAGUAACAGCUGAAGAAAAUAUAUUUUGCUGUACCACUAGUGUAAAAAGUAAAACAAAAAAAAACUACGAAAAAAAAAAAGAGAAACGGCAACCGUUCAGUAGUUAUGCCCUUUCAAUGUUAAUAAGAUUCUUCAGACAAGGUUAAUCAAAAUGGUGGAAAUGUGCUUUUUCCUCUCACACUUGACUUGUUGUAGUAUGUUUGAAUAUGAAGAAAAAAAAAAGUUUCGAGAGAUAUCAGUCCAUAUGACAUCAUGCUCACGUCUCUGCUUGUGAAGUGCUUUUGCUUUCAUGAAUGAUGAGUUUUUGCCAGUAGUAUAUUUGUUAACACCGGGCCAUGCACAGAUUUGAAGUGAAUUGGAUACUUGUGUAAUUUAUUUUACUUGAAAGAAAUUGUCAGGUCUAAAGAUUUCCGUUCAUGUCGAUGCAAUAUUGCAGUUCUUGCGGACGUUUCCUCCUUUGACACAUUAAUUUAUUGACUAUUCCAAAAAAAAUAAUAAAAAAAAAAAUGGAGAAAAAGAAGAACAUGGUUGGAAAGUGUGAAAAGUUGAUGCAGCACUGAUUAGGUUCAUUUUAUUUCUUUUGUAAAAGCCCAUCAUCAGCUGAUAUUUAAUUCAACUCCUGUUUGAUAUCAAAUAAAUGUGAAAUUUUUUCUUGUU